AUUACGGUAACUGCGCUGCUUCACAGAACCAACAUGGCGCUGUCCUGUUCGAGGCUCUGUAGACACUUGUCUUUGGCCCGACUGUCUGUCCUCAGGACAAACAGGACAACAACAACAACAACAACAACAACAAAAACCACCGGCCUCCUCUCCCUGAACGUGUCCGGCCCGUCCAGGUUGCCCCUGUGUCGACUCUACUCGUCGUCCAAAGCUCGACGUGGUGUCGGUCGAUACAUCAGCUCCAGCCUCAAGUGGGCCAAUAACAAAUAUGAAGGUUUUCUCAAAAGGAGAUUCCCCCGCUUUUAUCAGCUCUACCAUACGUUUGUGGAAGGAUUCAAGUUACUGUUGCGAGACAGCAAAGAUGUGCAGCGGAUAAAAACAAAGAUGUUCUCCGACGGAGUAAAGUUCCAGGAUUUGCCGUACAGGGAAAUGGAGAAACUCCGACAGUUUCGCAGAGACGUGGUCAAAGCCGUCCCGCUCGUGGUCAUAUCCAUCCCCCCCUUCGCCAACUACCUGGUGUUUGUCUUGAUGUACUUUUUCCCCCGUCAGCUCCUGAUCCCUCACUUCUGGACUCCCAGGCAGCAGGUGGAAUUCCGGGCACUGUAUAAUUCCCAAAGGGCUCGGCAUCACCGGCCGGUGCUCCGAGGCCUCGAGCACACGAGUCACCAAGUCAAAGACGUUCAGCUACAGCGUCGCCUUAAUGACCUGUGCGCUAAAGUGCAAAGCGGAGCGAACCCCAACGUGUCCGAGAUCCUCGCUGUCCGGAGCCUGUUCUCUGGACCGCCUCUGGGAAUAAAGCGAAUGAGCGUCGAUCACAUGAGGCACGUCAGCCCCCUGCUCUUCCUGACGCCCCGCCUCCCGGGUUUCCUGAUUGGCCGGCGACUGAACAGCCACGCCCUGGAGCUGCUGCAGCUGGACCGCGCCCUGGGCAGGCUGGGCCCUCACCAGCUCAGCGACUCUGAACUCAGACAGGCUUGUUACGCGAGAGGGCUCAACUCCGACGGCCUUGGUGUUGACCAGUGCCGGGACUGGUUGUCCCAAUGGCUCCAGUUGUCCUCCACAUUAAAAGACUCCGAGGUGUCGCUGCUGUUGCACAGCAUCGUGUUUCUCUCUGCUAACUACCCGACUGGUCUCAAACACUCCCACUGACCGGACGCCGGACGCCGUCUGCUGUGAUUAUGUUCCCAUUCGCACACGAUGCAGCAUAACCUACAAAAACAUUUGAAAAAAGUUCUUGACAAGAUUUGUAAGUUAAAAAAAAUAAGGGAAUAGGAACUCUUUUGAAACCCUAACUCAAAGUAGGUCUGCCAAAAAACCCAAAACAAAGAAAACAAUCCAAUUAUUUCUAGACGCCGUAGUAUUGUCCUGUUUGUCAACUCAAGUUUUUGUCAUAGCUCUGACAUCUCUACUCAUCUGGAAGGAUAAAAAACUGCAAAGUACAUUUAGCAGAACUCUGAAACUUUGGGUGAAAUAUGAUUCUGCUUUGUACACGUGGACAAUCUGGCGAAUUUCGGCAGUUAAGCUGUUUGUUAUGAACUGAAGCUAUGCUAAGUGGUGAUGUUGAGCUAAUAGGAUUUCUUGUUGCUGUUGCUUGUCGCCACUCAAAGUCACAUACCUGUCGUCUGUUUACUUUACUCAGCUAACUCACAUUACAAAGCUACAAAGACAAAGAUUCGGGAGAAACUCUCGUGUGGUUCGCACACAUUCCGUUCGAUAAAAAAAAUCCAGAUAAGAGACCCUUUAAGUAGGCAUGUUAAAUAAUGAAUUUUCUGAUACCUCAUUCUGUGUUCUGCUCAUACUUUUUUCUUUUUUUCACCGUAGAUAAUGUUGGUCAAGGCAAAGUGGUUUAUAAGUCUUGAUGGACAGGUCAACAUCAGAAAAGCCGAUUACGCCCGGCUCCUAAAUAGAAACGGAGACUUUUGUUGACGCAGCACAGGAGUCAAACACUGUCUGAAAAGCUGUGAUGGCACUUUAUUGUUUACUUGACGUUUUCUUGCUUUAGGGGCUGAAUGACAUUAAUUCAGUGAGCACAUUUCAUUCAAGCUUCUUUUUGUCCCCCACUGUCUUCAGGCCGACGGUACAAAGAAUAACUGCACAUCGCAUCGUGCUGGUUUUCUGCUGGUGUAAAGUGGGGAAACAGGAAAUAUCAUUUUGCUGCAUGUGCCUUUCGCAAAGAAAGACUGGCACAAUACAUCUGCAAUGAGUUGUUGAAAUGUAUAUUCUGUUUUUGGAUCUUUUCUUUUUAUAUUUGACAUUAUUUUUGCUCAAGUUUUUGAGUGUUGUGUUGCAGUGCCAUUGCUAUUUACAUUGUCAUGAACGAGUGUCUGAAAUAAAUACCUACACGGUG